CUCUUCCAUAAAUACAAAAUAAUAUGUUCAUAAUAUAAUUAUGCGUUUAUUUACCUGAAUGAAGAAAAGAGACGAGGAGAAUUUCAUGAACUAUUUAUGUUUUGAUAAAACUGAAGAUAAAAAUUCUUUUUUAUUUAUUUUUUAACAGAAUUUCUAAAUGCUCCGUAAAUCUGUAGUAUUUAAUCAGGUUUCUGUUUCUGGAUGAAAAUCUGCCAGAUUGGGGCAGAUUAUCUUCUGUUACCAUGGUGAUGAACCCAGAGCCUGUUUCCAUAGUGACAGAAUCUGUUAGACUGGAGCAUCCGGGAACUUUGCCUCCUCUUCCUCCCGCUGCAGAAAGCCUUCCUCCUCUUCAUCACCAUCUUCCUCCUCUUCCUCAGACCGCAGUCCGUCGCGGCUCCAGCUCAGAGGCUGCUGUUUGGGCCGAACUCUGCGCUGGUUCCGCUCGGGUUCUCCAGAACCUGUCCCCCGCCCCCUCCAGGAUGUCGGUGUCUCCGGGCCUCGCCGACCUUUCCCGCCUCUACCAGACCGAGUUCGUGCGCAGCGCGCGCGCGGUCGGCGUGCUGUGGGCCGUGUGCACGCUCUGCUUCGCCAUCAUCCAGGUGGUCAUCCUGGUCCAGCCGUCCUGGGUCGGAACCACGGCCUCCGGGACGCAGCGGGCCGGGCCGCCGCUGCCCAGCGGAACCAUGGGACUGUUUGAGGUCUGCCUGGAGUCGGACUGGCCGGCCCCGGACUGCCGCGGCGGUCUGUCCAGCCUGUCUCCGCUGCCGUCCUUCCAGUCGGUGGCCAUGUUGGUGGGCGUGUCUCUGUGGGCGGUGUGGACCAGCGUCCUCUGUCUCUGUCUCUUCCGAUUCUGCAGCGCUGCCACCGUCUACAAGAUCUGCGCCUGGCUGCAGCUGACAGCAGGCUUCUGUCUCGCCCUGGCGUGUCUCCUGUUUCCCGACUCGUGGGAGAGUCCAGAGAUGAGAGUUCUGUGCGGAGACUCGGUAGGCAGCUUCUCUCCGGGUAACUGCUCCGUCCACUGGGCCUACAUCCUGGCGCUGCUGGGCAUCUUGGACUACGCCAUCCUGGCCACGCUGGCCUUCGUCCUGGCCAACCGGCAGGACGCCCUGCUGCCGCCCGACGCCCCGGACGUGACCGCAGGCCUGCUGAUGUCCGCCUGAGGAGAAAUCUGUCCACACCGCCAUGUUUCAUCAUCUUCAUCAACAGAGGAGCGUUCUCCAGACGCUGAGAUUGUUUUAGUGGAACUGUUAAAGUUCCUGCAUGUGGUGAACAGACAUGAGCCAGGUUCCCUGGACGUUCCCUAAAGGUUCCCUGGACGUUCCCUCGUUGUUCCCUACAGAUCCACAGUGGGUGGAACUGCAGAGUUAGUUGGUGAAAACUGUUUAACUUCAGGCUAAAUAUUUAGCUUAUUUACUAAAUGCAUGAUUCAAAGUAAAUAUUUAUCUUAAAUGAAAUAUUUAGCUUACCAUUUAGUUUGGAGCUAGUUAGCUUGCUAAGCUAAAGCUUCAGCUUUCAAACUAAAUAUUUAACUUGCAAAAGAUGAAGUUCCCUUCCUUGGAGCAGCUGACAGUCCAACAGAAACCCGCUCCCAGGUCCAGUGAGGCGGACCUGGUCAGAAUCACCUGGACGUUUUUUGUCCAGGUGGUUCAGAACUUUUUGUCCGUCUCUGUUUUGCUCUUUUCUCUGUUGCUCAUUAACAUUUAGAACCUGAUGUGGAAAAAUUACAGUUAGGUUCCACCUGCUGGUUGUAUCGCUGUAUGUUUAUUCUAAGUUCUGUAUUUUCCCACCAAGUUGAAGCUGCUUGGGUUUCAUGCAGAAGGUUGGACGUUGUUUUCCCAGCUGCAUGGGAACCAAACUGAUUCCAGGCUUUGGAUCCUUUGUAUAAAACUCAUGUGUGUCUCUGCCUGGCGGAGCUUUCUGUUUCAGACCUGCUUCAUUACUGACUGUCCUGUCAGCUCUCUGAGUGAUUUCACCUGUGCAGUGCUUGGAAAUAGUUUUUUUCCACGACAGAACCAGAACCGGAUCCAUUUGUUAGAACUCCAGAACCCUUAAAGCUUCGCUUCGUCUGAGCUUCUGUGAACCUCAGUGGGAGAAAUUAUUAACUCUAACAUUGAAUAUUAUUAAUAAGCCAUUAAUAUUAUUGGUGAUCAAUAAAUCUUAAUGUUUGGA